AUGCAACCUCAGGGUAACUACGUGCAGGACUUCCCGCUAAAGGUGGAUCAAAGUAUAAAUCCCUCAAGAUUCGAGAAGUCUUUAGCUUCCUACUUUGGACAACCGUGCUACAGAUACAAAGUCAAUGGCAGUCUGUCGACCCCAAUGGAAGUGCUCAAGCGGUACGACUAUACACUGGCGAUAGCCCACUUUGUACCACACAUCCCCGGGAGAUAUAAGCAUGCCUUGGCGGAGUCCAGGACCUAUGGCCUAGGUAGGCUCACGCAUCUUCUGAGUGGGACCAAUGUAGAUGAUCAGUUUCUCAAUGAGGACAGCAGUAUCGACUGCCAAUUCUCAAGCUUAGGAUCCUGGCAGGAGAAGACUACGUUCGAGACAUUCACCACCGCUCUAAGGACCAAUAGAAAUGGGGGGGAAACGAGCAAAGCCGCCAUUCGAUUGGUUGUGCCCACAGUCAAUGAGGUCGCGCAGUCUAUCGAAGGGUGGGCUGCGGGUGGUGAAAUCCCUAUUUCUUCCGCUAACCACAAACCAUUCCUAACAAAGCUGUACUACAGAUUCGCCUAUGGCGGGGAGUUAAGGCCGGGUGAACGAGCCUCGCGCGAACGUGCUAUGCCGCACAUUAAGACGUACACACUGAGGAACUGCAAGACUCACGAAGUCGCGUGGUUUGUUCUGACAUCGGCAAACAUGUCUGUGGCCGCCUGGGGUCAGGAUCAGAAGGGAAGCAGAUCAAUGUAUAUCCGAAGCUUUGAGGCUGGCAUUCUGAUUGAACCUGCGCUGUUGAAUACCAACUUGGCGGGAGCUCUCCAGUUUACCAACACACCGUCGCAAAGCCUUUAUUCGAUGGAGGAUAAGGCCGCGCUACUACGUGUGCCAGCUAAAGUCAAAUUGACAUGCCAGCCGUACAGUAUACCCACAGAACAAUCAGAUGACGUCUGUAAAGAUUACCUCCAAUCAAAGCACGAUGAUCAAGGAAAAAGCCAAUUAAGUAGCGGGGUGAAUGGCAAAGAUGAUACCAUCACGCUGUAUUUACCUUUACCGCACGAAGUCCGCAAUGCAACGCCUUACCCGUGUGGAUAUGGCAGCAGCACAUACUCCCCUGGCUCACUGGCAUGGGCCCGCGACUACAGCAAUCGGCCGUGGGCGUCCACAAUAAGAGAUGUACACGGACAGACAUUACUACAGAAUAGUACGAGCGGAUACCAGCCCAGUCCUAUAGAUCUCUCAAGAAGCACGGUCGGCGCAGAACCACCAAAUGCUGCUGUUAUAUACAAUACUCUACCGCGAGUAUCUGCCAAGGACACGUCUGUGAGCAUACCUGCGAAGCCUUCAUCUGGAAAGUCUCCGGAGGCUCCCCUAAAAGUCAACCUACACGGUACAAUUGAUCUGACAUAGUUUUCCCAAACUAUACGCUACCAUGGGGCAGUGCCACAGAGUGUCCGUGACUAGCACCCAAAUAGAUGCCCAGAGGCUAGGCUACAUAUACAUCCGACUGAGUCUGUGCGAAUAGCGACAGCUCAAUCGCAUACCAGCGCUCGCUUGAGCGGUCUUUCGAUGCGACAGUGGUCAUCUGGGCAGGAAUGAGAACCUUCAGCUGUCUUGAAUCCUCGCCAUGUCUUGUCAAAAGCGUUUUGUAUCAAGACUUAGUCUACUGGGCGUCCCAAGGUUACAGUACACAGGCACAUACAUUCACAUACAUUGUACUGCCCUGAACGCGUGAAGACUCGCGAAGAAUCCGACAAAGAAAUUGCCACGCAUGGCCUCCCAUAACAAACUUCUAUCAUACCAAAAGCUGGACGAUUCGCCUGAUCACUUGUAGAGCCAAUCCUAUGAUUGGAUGACACACAUGUGUGGCUAUACUGAGUGCGUUGAUGCCGCUCUCCCCGGAAAUUCGACACGAGCCUAUAUUCUUGUAGGGAAACAAUUGAUCUUAUGUGUGCACAUGCAUAUGUCUGCAAUAAAAUCUGAAAUUGCGAUCGUGGACGCAUAUAGAACAGUAUACAUCACAAAUUUAUAAAACGUUGUACAUGUCA